UUGCCGAAUCCCAUAUUUUACAGAAUUGGCGCCGAUGCAUUUAACUUGGCCGACUCCUGUAAUGUACAUUUUCUCUCUAAAUUUUCCAUUAGUCGGCGCCGAAACCACCCUUUUCGCCGACUUCAACGACGUAUUCCCUUACCCGCUUCGUUCUCGCUGUGGGUAGUUCCUCUGCUUCUUCUUCUAUCUGUUAGAGAGAGAGAGAGAGAGAGAGAGAGAGGGGGGGUAGGUGCGACGCUACUCGUUCCCAUUCCGUUCCCAACGAUCCCCACGGUUCCCCUACCUCGAAUUAGCCCUAAACCCCAUCAAAUCCCACUCCCAAUCCGUUGCGGCGAGUUCGUUCCCCUCCUUUUUAGGGCAAUGGCGCCGUUCCCAAACCCUAGAUCUCGAUCCUCUUCGACACCUCUCGAUCCCUUCCCUGGCGACGAUGGAUUCGGCGAGGAGCUGGUUUCAGAGGAGGAAGAAGGGGAAAUCGAUGCUGAUCGCGAAAAGGGGCGAUUUGGAGAGGACGGAGAAGAGAUCGAGCCCGGCGGGGCCGGAGCCCUCCAUGAUUACGCAGCAGAGGGUUGCGGCGGCGAAGCAGUAUAUAGAGAAUCACUACAGGGAGCAGUUGAGGAUCCUCCACGAGCGUAAGGAGAGGCGUUCGAUUUUAGAGCAGAAGUUAGCAGACGAUCAUGUGUCUAAAGAAGAGCAAAAUAGGCUACUAAAGUACUUAGAGAGAAAGGAGUCAGAGUACAUGCGCCUCCAACGGCAUAAGAUGGGGGUUGCCGAUUUCGAGGUGUUGACAAAGAUAGGAAAGGGUGCUUUUGGGGAGGUUAUGAUCUGUAGAGAGAAGACAACCAGCCAUGUAUAUGCGAUGAAAAAACUUAAGAAGUCUGAUAUGCUACGUCGAGGCCAGGUUGAGCAUGUUAGGGCAGAAAGGAAUUUCCUUGCUGAGAUUGAUAGUGAUUUCAUCGUUAAACUCUACUGUUCUUUCCAAGACAGUGAGUAUUUAUAUCUCAUAAUGGAAUAUUUACCGGGUGGGGACAUGAUGACCUUACUGACAAACAAGGAGGCUUUAAGCGAGAAUGAAGCUAAAUUUUACAUUGCUGAGGCAGUUCUUGCAAUUGAAUCAAUCCACAAACACAAUUAUAUACACAGAGAUAUCAAGCCUGAUAAUAUUUUACUAGACAGAGAUGGCCACAUGAAACUGUCGGACUUCGGUUUAUGCAAAUCUUUGGACUGCAAUUCGUUACCUGACCUACAUGAUUUAACUGAUGGAAUGACUAUACAUGUCGAUGGGCAGCCAUUCUUAUCUAAACGCUCACAGAAGGAACAACUACAAUGCUGGCGACAGAACAGGCGUAGCCUGGCUUACUCUACUGUUGGUACCCCGGACUAUAUCGCUCCAGAAGUUUUACUGAAGAAAGGAUAUGGAAUGGAAUGUGACUGGUGGUCUCUUGGCAUUAUUAUGUAUGAAAUGCUGGUGGGAUAUCCUCCAUUUCAUGCUGAUACACCUAUGGCAACCUGCAGGAAGAUAGUAAAUUGGAAAACAUAUCUAAAAUUUCCUGAAGAAGCAAAAGUAUCUGCAAAGGCAAAAGAUCUCAUUUGUCAGCUCUUGUGCAAUCCUGACCGGAGGCUCGGUAGGCAAGGGGCCGGUGAAAUAAAGACUCAUCCUUGGUUUAAGGGCGUGCAGUGGAACAGAUUGUAUCAGAUGGAGGCCACAUUUGUACCUGAGGUUAAAAAUGAUUUGGACACCCGAAACUUUGAUAAGUUUGAGGAGAGUGAUAACCAGAUUCAAACUUCACUUAGAUCAGGGCUUUGGAAAAAGAUUCUUUCCUCCAAUGAUUUGAGCUUCGUGGGUUACACGUACAAGAACUUCGACAUUGUAGAUGAUCAUCAAGUUCCCGAAUUAGCCGAGCUGAAAAGAAAGAGCAAAACAAAACCGCCAUCUGUAAAAUCUCUCUUCGGAACUUCAGAUGCGGAGCAGCAUACAGAGCAAGAGAGCCCACUUUACCAGUUACCUUCUCCAGUAGAUUUGCCGAAAAGCCGCAGUGUGUCUUUUUUAUACACCCACUGAGCAAAAACACUAGUAAUUUGUCAUAGAUAGUGGUUGAUAAGUUGAUGAUAGAAUAGUUUUUCCUUGACAAGCUUCUCUGCACAGUUUUUUCUCCAUUUUGUAAUACACACUAACUUUUUUUUUCUUUUUUUUUUUAUCAUAUGCUUUUUGUACAUGUAAUAUGUGUGGAUCGUAAGCGCUAACAAAUUAUUCCAAAAGCAUGUGCUGAUAGAAAGGGUGCACCUAUUGUUCUUAAGGGCU